GCUGUUUAUUGCCGCCUUGUUGUUGCUGCCAAUGCCUCUGCUCGCUGUUGUUGUUGCUGUUGGCACUUGCGAUUUGUUUUUAUUGCGCACUCGAAAUUGUUUUGUUAUUUAGUGGCGAUACUGGGCGAAAAGCGCUUGAGAUGGUCGAAAAUCGAGCGCAUUUAAGUUUAGUUUAAGUUAGUCGCUCGAGCAGUCCGUGUGUGUGUGUGUGCGUGGUCCGAGGCUGCGGUGAAUGCAGUUUGGCAAUUGCAGUUGCAGUUUGCAAAUGUGAACGAAGAGCGGCGCAACAAGGGAAAAUAGAUGAAAUAGGCGAAAAUGUCGCUUUUCGUGGAGUACACUGAGCCGAAAUGGCGCGACCUGGACAUGCGCGCGCUGUCCGUCGACCAGUUCUACCUGUACCUGCGCUCGCACUUCCCCAGCGAGGGCCACCUGUACUCGCUGUCCGACGAGUGCUACACGUGUCCGUACACCAAAGUGAAAGCUCUGCCCGCGGCCGACGGCGCUGCCGGCGCCGCUGAACCGUUACGUUUGAGCUCGGCGUUCGGGCUGAAUUUCAAGAUAUUCGAGCACGAUCAGGGUCACUACGCCUACGACAAUGUCUCGUCGCUCUGCUGGCUGCGUCGCACCGACCUGCAGGAAUUCGGCGUCUACAACCUGACCCUCGAAGCGAACGGGACCUGUACCUUUGCGGUGGACAAGCCGGGGGUGCCCAUUAACUAUGCUUUCCUCGCCGUCUUCGUGCUGGUUGCCGCCCUGCUAAUCGCCCUGAAGCUGGUGAGCUGCGCCUGGCGUUGCUAUCGGUACGAUGAGGCCACCGCCGCCGCGGACAGCAUCGGAGAGGCCGCCACCAAGGCCACGCAAAGGAAGCGGCUCCGCAGCCUGGACACCUUCCGCGGCCUUUCGAUCGUCCUGAUGAUCUUCGUGAACAGCGGCGGUGGCGGCUACACCUGGAUCGAGCACGCCGCCUGGAAUGGCCUGCACCUGGCCGACGUGGUCUUCCCCUCGUUCCUCUGGAUAAUGGGCGUCUGCAUACCGCUCUCCGUCAAGUCUCAACUCUCGCGCGGCAGCAGCAAGGCCGGCAUUUGCCUGCGCAUCGUCUGGCGAUCCGUCAAGCUCUUCGCCAUUGGCUUGUGCCUGAACUCGAUGAGUGGCGCGAAUCUGGAGCAACUGCGUCUCAUGGGCGUGCUGCAGCGGUUCGGAGUGGCCUUCCUGGUGGUCGGUGUGCUGCACACGUUGUGCUGCCGCAGGGAGCCCAUAAGUCCGCAGAGAUCCUGGCAGCGGGCCGUGCACGAUGUGUGCCUCUUCAGCGGAGAGCUGGCCGUGCUGUUGGCCCUGGUGGCCACCUACUUGGGCCUUACCUUUGGCCUGCGAGUGCCCGGCUGUCCGCGGGGCUACCUGGGACCCGGCGGCAAGCACGAUUACAAUGCCCAUCCCAACUGUAUUGGUGGCGCGGCCGGCUAUGCGGACCUCCAGGUGCUGGGCAACGCGCACAUCUACCAGCAUCCCACGGCCAAGUAUGUCUACGACUCCACAGCCUUCGAUCCGGAGGGUGUAUUCGGCUGCAUCCUGAGCGUGGUGCAGGUGCUGCUGGGCGCCUUUGCGGGCGUCACCCUGCUGGUGCACCCCAACUGGCAGUCGAGGAUUCGCCGCUGGAUGAUCCUGGCCGUCUUCCUAGGCCUCAUUGGCGGCGCCCUGAGCGGCUUUUCGCGCGAAGGCGGCGCCAUUCCCGUGAACAAGAACCUCUGGUCGCUGUCCUUCGUCUGCGUGACGGUCAGCCUGGCCCUGGUGAUCCUGUCGCUGCUCUACUACGUCGUCGACGUGCGGGAGAUGUGGAGCUGGUCGGGCUAUCCCUUCACCGAGUGCGGCAUGAACGCCAUCGUCAUGUACGUGGGCCACUCGGUGCUGCACAAAAUGCUGCCCUGGCACUGGCGCAUCGGCGAGAUGAACACCCACUUCAUGCUCCUGCUGGAGGCCACGUGGAACACCCUGCUCUGGGUGGGCAUCGCCCUGUACCUGGACGCCCAGGAGUUCUACUACAGCCUGUAGGGCUGCGGGGCUGCCUCCGCCUGAAAAAGCCCCCAUAUGCACAACUCAAUUGCCAAAUAAACUAGCGUCUUGUACAUAUAGAUCGAUUUUACGCAUAUGUUCCCUCAAAGACCAUGGGAAAUGUUUAGUAUUUGUAACACAACUCCGAAUUUUGCAUGUCUUGCGAGCACAAAUCGAUGUCAAAUAAAGUAUAUGCAAUGAUAAAAGAGAUUUCCUUUCCCAUCAAGGAAGCAUUGCCACUUUUCGAAUAUUUCAAAGACAUUUCGAUAUAGUUCCAAAUAUUUUAUUUGUAUUUGUAUUUGAAAUAAAAAACAUUUUCUUUUAA